AUCUUUUCAGAUGCCAUAUUCAGCUUUUUAAAUGAUACUUAUCAGCGAAUCAGUGAGUUACCAGAUCCAAAGCCUCAUGUUAAAUACCCUCGAGAACCUGGCUACAGACCAGCCCCAGAGGAAAACCCUUUCAAUGCAUGGUGAGUUGGGGGUUUUGUAGUCAAUUUUUACUGUUAUUUUCCCAUGCGAGACCAGCUGAUCUGUUUAUAGUCUGCUGCAGAGCUGCCAGGAAAUCUGUAGCAGAUCUGCAGAUAGUCUAUAGAUUAUAUCAGCAGAUCUUCUGCGAAUGUCUGCAGAACGUUUGUAGAAAAAAUGAAGAACAUCCUAAAAAGACUCUAAAAAUGUAUGCAGGCCUGAUUUCCUUGAGUUAGUGCGACUUGUUAUACAAAAAACAAUUGGGUAUUGGGUACAAAAGUUUUUUAGAAAAUUCUCAUGUCACGCAAAUCACCCCAUGUAAGUAACAAUCCAGAUUCCAGGAUCGGGCAAAUUUUUGCUUGUGGAAUCCAGAAUCAGUACGUUUUUGCUGUGGAGUCUGGAAUCCUGGGCUUUGGAAUUGGGAAUACAGCUCAAGGAAUCCAAAAUCCCUCUAAUGAUUGUUUCAGUGACAAAGAAUCCAGAAUUCAGCACCUGGGAUCUGGAAUCCAUGGCGUGGAAGCAAGAGAAUCCACGACUGCCUUGGAUUCCUGUACAUAGGGUGACACAAAGUGAAUUGUUGCUGAGACCUGUCCCUGUAUUGUGUCCCCGGGGCUAAUGUGCGUAUCUUGACAAUAUUAAGUUGCAUGAUACAAAGGUCAAAAGUCAGUUUUGCACUGCAGGUACUGGCGAUGUAACAUAGUUGGUACACCAAGUGGAAAACUCCUUGGAAAGACCAUAGCCAUGAAGGACACCAUUUCUGUAGCGGGAAUACCCAUGAUGUGCGGCUCACAUCUGUUAGAAGGCUACAUCCCAGAUUAUGAUGCAACUGUGGUAUCCAGGAUAUUGGAUGCUGGUGGGACAAUCACUGGUAAAGCAGUGUGUGAGGAGUGGUGUUUCACUGCGACCAGCUGUACUUCAUUCACAGGUCCUGUUGUUAAUCCUUAUGAUGAAAAAAGAAUGGCACUUGGAUCCUCAUCUGGUUGUGCGGCACUGGUAAGUGUCAUUGUUAGUAUAUAUUUUUUAGCCCAUCUGUUUUGUCCCAGGUGAGUAAAAUAUAUAUUUUUGUUAAGGGUGCUUUUGAGACCAAUUUGGGAUCUAACUCAAGUCCUUGAAGAAAAAAAGGAAAUUGUGUUUUGAAAAGUGGAGAAAUUAUCUGUACCAUCUAUGAGGGCAAGGCAUUGUUGAUGGUAGAAUAAAAAUCAGUAUUAUUAACAGGUCGCUGGAGGUAAAGUAGACAUGGCUAUGGGCGGUGAUCAAGGAGGUUCAAUAAGAAUACCUGCCGCUGCCUGUGGGAUUGUUGGAUUGAAGCCAACGUAUGGGCUAGUGCCGUACACAGGGAUAAUCCCAGUGCACACUUGUUUGGAUCACACAGGACCGAUGGCAAGAACUAUGAAAGAUGUGGCUUUACUUUUAGAGGUAAACUGGAAACUUCCCGCAAGUAAGAUUCUUGCAAAUAUCUUUAGGAAAUUUUUUUAUGGUUGUGUUAGAGGUGUGUGUUCUAGUGUUUAAUUACAAGAAGCCUUUUACCUAGUUUUUGUUUUCAAAUUGCUUUUUAGAGGCAACGAGAACUUCACGACUUUAUCAGGACGAAGUUGAGUAGUUUCAGACAUACAUUACACAGAAAGAAAUAUUGCUUUAGAUUGUUCACACAGAAAAAUGAGCUAUAAGCCUUCACAGAGCGCAUCAAGCCAAUCAAUGCAUUAGCACUGAGAGUUGUUUGUCAAAGCAUAUAUGCACGUGUAGCAAGAGUCCUUAGACAUUUGAAUGCUUGCUUUGUGGUUUGAUUCAUUAAGGUGGUUGCAGGAUCGGAUGGAGACUUGGAUCCAAGGCAACCACGUGAUCUCAGCACUCCUGCCAUAUACACCAGCUCGGUAAGUACAAUAGUUCAGGUUUCCCCAUCCUUCCCAGGGUUUGAACAUUUUUAGACAGCUAAACAAUGCUUAUUAAAUGAAACACUGAGCUAGUCAACAAAACCAGUUAAGAAAUCUAACCUCGGCCAGCUCUUUCCACCAGCACCCAAGCUGUUUGACACAAAAUAGCAGGCCAACUUUUCACUCCAGAGAACACAACUUCCACCAAACAAGCUCAUCCUCCUCAAAGUCUCACUUUUUGUCGUUUAGCUUUGGUAACGCGUGAUUUGUUCACUUGAUUUGCUUUUCCUCACUGACAUAUAUGUAAGCCAAACUAAUUCUCUGUCUCCCUUUAAACCUCUACAGCUCACAGGUAACAUUUCCGGGCUGCGUAUCGGACUGCUAAAGGAGGGAUUCAACAUGUCGGAUGCCGACAUGAAGAUUAUGACAAUGGUGAAAGAAGCCGCUGAUCGGUUAUCAUCACUGGGUGCUACUGUUGGACAGGUGUCAGUACCAAUUCAUUUUGAUGGUAGGCUGUAGCCUUUGAUAUGUGAAACAAGCAAUAUGAAUAUGUUCUAUCCCAAGGACCACACAACUGCUGGUCUUUGCCUUAAGGUGGAUCUCCGCUGUCGUGUAAUUUAUAUUUGGGUACCCCCGUAAAUUUCACGCUUGUAAAUAGUUGAGCGAGGUUUAUUUAAGUUUUACGUUUACGUGUGACCUUUCAUACAUUGCCUCUAUUUUAUUUGCACAUGUGCAAAUUACGCAACAGUGGAGAUCCACCCUAAGGUUUGCGUAUUCGUCUGUGACAUACUAGGGACCUUACGAGACUACGACGGCGACAGCACGGCGAACGUCAAAAAAGCAAUAGGUUUGAUGAGCAAGACAACAACUCUGCACGUGCAUCACUCUUUUUUGUACAUUUCUUUGCUGUCCCUGCACAACUACGACGUGAAAUGACCAAAUUUUAAGUUAACUUGAGAACGGGAACGGCAAGGCAAUGAAUUCUACCAUCUCUGUCUGAAUUCGGGCGCGGUCCCCUCUACUCAUCCCCAACCACAAUUCUCUUCUUUUAAGUAACAGGGCAAAUUGGUAUAGUCGCGAAAAAGUUUAAAAGGACGCGAAGUCUAUUUUUCAACGACGUUUUCAUGGACGUCGCCGUUGUCGGAUCGUAAGGUCCCCACUACAACAAGGGCGCAUACCUUCGAAUGUUAAUUCAACUCCCAUGUGCACUCCCCUCGUCAUGGCGUUUUUACCUACCUGUUCGUACUUAGUUUAAUUUUACGGCAAAUUAAGGCCAUCGUGGGGGUCCCACAAACUUGACAGCAAAGAAGCCAAGCCCGGAAAUGGUAUUGCUCAUAUUUCAAUGGUAUUACGUCAACAGAUUCGCAUACAAAUAAGCCACUUCUAUUUGGACGCAAAAAUAAAACUGGAAACUGCUCUUUGCAAAUGCCGAAUGAAAGUUGUUCGCUCUGGGAAAUGUGAACUCCUGGAUGCAUGGGUUGCCUGAUCAUUUCUUGUUCUUUGACUUACCACUUGACGCAAAUUCUGAUCUUUUGCUUCGUUGACAGGGAUUAGAGUAUGUGACGCGCUUUGCAUGGAAGGGGGUUACAGACUACUUAGUGGUGAGUGUAAUAUGCAGCUUAUUAGACAGCUUCAGAGAUCAUAACCGUCGAUAUUUUAUAUGGUUUGCCUAUAUAUCCAGCUGUUUUGUUUUGGGGCUAGGUUUCUUCGUUCAUUGAUUUCCCAACCAAUCCUGAUACAGCUGAAAAGCACCUCUAAAAAAAAGACAAAUACUGAUCUUUUGUCUUACAUUGUAGAGAACUAGAAAGGUUAUAAUUAUGUCCUCACCAAUUUGCACCACAGAACAGGCUGAAUUUUGGCAAGUGAACAUUUUUCACCUGUUCUUUCUGGAUGUACCAACCAAUCUCAUAAUUUCACAAAUUUAGUUUUGUGACGUCAUCACUUUUCUUCUCCAUUAAUUUGUUCUUAAAGGGUCUAAUUCAGAAGCCAAAGGCUUUGUCGACACCAGUCUUCAAGCAGCCAUUGGUCGUGGUUUCACAACCCGUGGGAAAGAUCUGGGUCCUGUUGGGAAAUUAACCAUGAUACUGGGUGCCCUUUUACAUGAAGAUAGUCAUGGGGUAUUUCAUGGAAAGGCGAUCAACUUAGCACGCAAAUUAUAUGAAGAGUACGACAAAGCUUUGAAAUUCUAUGACGUUCUUAUUAUGCCAACAAUCAUUAACCAGCCGCCAAAAGUCCCAGACUCUGGUGAAGUGAAUUUUGGUAAGUAACCGUAGUGGAUGGUCCUCAGUUAAUUUUGAUGGGAGCGUGCGGGGAAGUGUUUUGGACAAGCAGGAGCCCAUGACCUGGAGAGAGCAACUCCCAUACUAGGCCUAUGUCACGGCGUUUUCAAGGGCUGGUUUAUUUUUAGAUACAUUUUAGCGCACUUUUCCCCGCAAAAAUGGAAGCUCCGUUCCAUCUAUGAGCAUAUUUGAAAGAUAACAUAUAACAUAAGAAACAUAUAACAUUUGAAAGAUAACAUAUGAGACUAAAACGUCCUUUUUAGCGCCGUAGGUUGUGCUGAUUGGUUCGUGGGACUAGAAUGUUCUAAAUUCGCGUCAAAAUCGUUCUAAAAAUAAACUGACCGGUGAAAACGCCGUGACACAAGUACAUGAAAGUCGCUUGCUCCGAGUUAUAAUCUCCUGGGACAAGUUAAUAAAUAAUGAAACAAUAAUAAUGACUUUGUAGAAGGCUUAUCCACCGAGUAGUUCCUCGUCUACUUUGUCCCUAUAUCGCUGUCUGUAAGACGGACAUCGUCCAGACAAGCACCGAGUGUCCCUCUAGGAGAGGUGCUUUGUAGAGCGAAUUCAAAGAAAAUGACUGAAGAACGAAGGGUUCAACUGUAGUGGUCGGUUAUUUAAACGAAGUCUAACUUAGACCGCGGUUUAGGAAAUCUUUGGACCUCCAGAACUCUUCCUUAGUGGGUUAUUUAAAAAGACAAAUGCUUUUCAAGUCUACGCCAUAGGCUUUCAUGAACUGUUCACAAAAACUGGCGUUUACAUAAAAGCGUUCGGCGAACUGAAAAUGGCUUACAGCGCAGUUUUGUUAAACACAGGCUAAACUCGGUUUAAAUAACUGGCCCUAGGUGUUCGACGUAGAGAGAGAUGUCCACUUUGAAGAAAGUCAUGUAAAACGAAAUGACUGAAGAAUGGAAGGCUCCAACUCUUGGUUUUCGGUUACUUAUAGAGAGUCAAAGAAAAGGAAAGGGACUCGAGGUGUCCAUUAAAAGAGAAUUGAUUGCAUGUACUGAUUUUGAUUAUAUUCCAUACUUAGGAAACGCUUUUGAUUUUUGCGAGAACACUGGUCCAUUUAACGUGACAGGGCACCCAGCUCUUACAAUCAACGCAGGAUUCAGCGAUGGUUUGCCUGUGGGAAUGAUGAUUGUGGGGAGAAAGUUUGAUGAAGCCACUGUUCUUAAUGUGGCCUUUGCGUACGAGAGGUUGAGAGACACUAGCUAA